AUGGGUCGGCUCGACCGGAGUGAUACCACGGCCUCACAGAAAACCAACAAGUGCUUCACCGUGUGGGCCCUCAUUAUCUGCUAUAAAAUUAGCCUCCCUUGCCCAGCCAAGCGAGGUCACCACGCAGGCAAUAAACCGAAUAAUUUCCCUUUUAAUAUUGAACCAACUCUUUUAUCCACAGAAUGGCAACCCUCCGUCAAAGAAAUCAAUGGUAUAAACUUAGCUAAUUACUUCCCUCAUCAACGUUCAUACAAUUCUGUCGUGUAUAUACACAAGAAAUAUUUAGACGAACAAAAAGCUCCAGCUGUGAAAAAGGAAAAGUUGAAAACGAUAAAAGAAGGGAAAUCUAAACAUGAUAAAUGUCACCAGGUUAAUAGCGAGAAGAAUACUGAAAUCUCUGACAAUAAUAGAACUUAUAAAAUCUGUGGUAAUAAUAAUGAUUCUGUUCUAGAACAUACUAUAAGAUUUGCUAAGAAUCUUGUGCCUUUAGUUAUACCUCAAAGUGAUGAAAAUCUGCCAGUAUUUUAUACAAUAAAAACUUCAAAAAAACCUAAGAAAAGAGAUAAGAAACCACAAGAAUGUUUUAAACAUCAAGAACAAACGUACGAAAAGGAUGAGCCUAAAAAAGUUAUCGAAACUUACAGAAAGGUUAGGAAAGAAAGUUUUAGUGUCAGGGAGUCUAUUAGUUCGAGCAACACUUUGGAUGAUUUAAACAUCAAUCAAUCUUUAACAUGCACUUUAUCUGAAGUAUCUGAAAAGAAAUUUCAUAAAAAAGAACCACACCCUAAUAAAAAAACACACAAAGCACCAAAAAUUGCUGUAUCUGAAUCAUUUGAGGCCCUAGCGACGGAAAAUCAAGGCGAUUCGAAGAUUAAAAUACACUUGAUGAAUGAAAAAGACAAGAAUCUCCUAACGGAGAGUCUUAAAAUGCCAAUACUGUCUGCCAUUAAAGAAUGUAUCUCCGAACUAAGUAACAGUCAGAACAAUAAUGAUAUAAGUGCACUACAAAAGAUAUUGAAAUGUAAUACGAGCAAGCUAGAUACCAUUUUAGAGAAAAUAGCAAGCAUUGAAAAGAGACUAGACGUUUGCUCCUUAGAAAAGAAGAUAAGUCACACAGACAAGAAGAUAUCCUCCACAGUGCUGACUCCUUCAUCGAAACCAUCAGCACUAGAGCAGUUGGAAGAAGAUCUGCUAGAAGUAAAAGAAGAUUAUAGUUCAGAAGAGGAAUUGCAUCAGGAAAUGUUAGAUAGAAGAAGUAAGAGUGCAGUAACAGAGUUGACUAGUGAAGAAAAGUCUGUAAGAAAAGGAGUUAAUUUGGGGGCUGGUGAGAUUUCGAAUCCACGUCAUCGCCAUCACCAUGACUGCUAUAAAUUGAGGAAACUCAGAGCAACAUACAUAUCAUCAUCAUCAUCAUCAUCAUCAUCAUCAUCAUCAUCAUCAUCAUCAGCCUAUGAGUGUCCACUGCUGAGCAAAGGCCUCUUCUCAUACGGAGAAGCUAAUCCAGAUGGAUCAGAUGAUGGUAAGCAAUGGAUGGAAGCCUUACCAUCAGCUGAUCCUAAGCUGAUGGUAAGCAAUGACGCGCCUAUGGACAACGGCAUCGACCAGCGAGGAGGAGAGAGGAUUGGAGAAUUCGGAGAUUUCUUGCUGGUUCUUCUCCAUCGGAAUCCACACUUUAUAACGAGCAAAUAG